ACAACCUGCUGAGUUUUUAUUUGGGGAAAGGGAGUUCUAAGUUGCCUGAAACGCGGGCCGUUUCCUCGUUUCCUUUGGGACUCGAAGAAACACAUACACACGUAGCUGCAUAUAGCUGGAGGGGAAACGAGUAUGAGCAACAAAGACAAUGCAUCUCAUUUGGGCAACACGCCACUUCAUCUCGAGAAGCUCAAAGAAGUAGCACGCAAAGAAUUACCACGACUUCUCGAUACAGUUCGCGGAAAGAAAGGUCUCGUACUCGAUCCACAAUUGACAGGUCCUCUCAGUUUAAUUGCUGAAUUCACACUUUUAAAGGACCAUGGCGUUGAAAAGAUAUACCACUUGGAUUCCGAUACCCUCGAAACAGAUUGCGCCAGUCUCAUUUAUCUAUGUCGACCUAAAAUGCAAUAUAUGCGGUUCAUUGCAAAUCAUAUCAAACAGCUUUCACAAGGGAGCGAUACAAAGACAGACUUUUCAUUGUAUUUUGUGCCGCAACGAACAAGAAUCUGUGAACGUAUUUUGGAAGAAGAAGGCGUGUUUGGUAGCAUCACUGUUGGCGACUAUGCAAUGGAUUGGAUUCCGUUAGAGGACGACUUGAUAUCGAUGGAGUUGGAUCCUGGUACCUGGAAAGAGAUCUACUUGGACGGUGAUCAUACUUCGAUUUAUUAUGCAGCACAAUCACUUAUGAAACUACAAUCCAUCUACGGUCUAUUCCCGCGUAUUAUUGGUAAAGGCGAUGCUGCUCGCCAAUUGGCAGAUAUGUUAAUACGUAUGCGACGAGAACAAGCUGUUGUGGAUGAAGUAUCUGGCGCCACUGCCUCACAAACGCCUUCUUUACUUAAUUCGGUGUCUAACCAUAUUGAUCAAUGCAUCAUCAUCGACCGCAACGUUGACAUUGCUACCCCAUUGUGCACACAGCUGACAUAUGAAGGACUCAUUGACGAAACAAUGGGAAUCAAUCAUUGUUUUGUUGAAUUGGAUGCAAACCUGGUCAAUCCAGCCCAACCAGCCCAAGGAGCAUCCAAGGCAGGCGGAUCAGCCAGCGUCCCGCCGCCACCGCCACCUCCUCCACCACCAGCUGCACCAAACCAGAGCGGGAAAAAAAAGAAAUACGUACUCAAUGCAUCAGAUAAGCUAUUUAGUCAGCUACGAGAUCAAAAUUUUGCUGUUGUCGGUGGCAUGUUGAACAAGAUCGCUAAGCGCAUCAAUGAAAAUUAUGAGGAACGACAUCAUGCGAAAACGGUUGCACAAAUUCGAGACUUUGUCGGAAGAUUGGGAGAACUACAACAAGAACACCAAUCGCUUCGAAUUCAUACUGGUAUUGCUGAACAGAUCAUGGAGUAUACGAUCACCGAAGAAUUUAAUCGAAUUCUUGAGGUUCAACAAAACGUCGUCGCUGGAAUUGAUGGAACCAAGGAACCCGAUUAUAUUGAGGAAAUGAUCAAUAAGCAGAAAUCGUUGAUUCAAGUACUUCGACUACUAUGUCUGAUGUCACUCGCGCAAGGCGGAUUGAAAGUCAAACUUUAUGAUUAUUUUAGACGAGAGAUUGUGCAGACAUACGGUUACGAGCAUAUUGAAACGUUGCACCGACUGGAGACUUUGGGACUUUACACUAAACGAACCACCGCCGCACCGUCACGCAGCCCCUUUUCACAAAGCCGACGAUUAUUGCGUCUGAUUGUCGACGACGUUGAUGAAUUCCAUCCUAACGAUAUAUCCUACGUAUACUCUGGCUAUGCACCGUUGAGUGUGCGCAUUGUGCAAUGCGCCAUGCAAAAACUGGGAGGAGGCAGUAUACCCGCGAGUGGCCCUAGCGCAGCCAGUCUAUUUUCUUAUGUCGGAGGAGGUAUGAAUGGCAACAACAGCAACAACGCGACUUCAGGCAACGGCGGUGGUAGUACAAGCGGAUUCAACCGAGAUGAAAAAGCAAAUGGAUUAUCAGGAGGAGCAGCGAUAACCAAUGGAAAGCUUAACCCAAAUCCCGGUGUCACGAUUAGCAACGGCUGGCGUGGCUAUGAAGAAGUGCUCAAGCUUUUGCCUGGCAAAUCAUUCGAGGUCACACAAACCGUAGAAUAUGGGGCCGAGACGAACGCUGCCAUGGCGCGAGCGAGACGACAUGGUAUGCAGCAUACCAAGACGACUGUCAUCUUUUUCUUGGGAGGAUGUACUUUUACAGAGGUAUCGGCCAUCCGAUUCCUUGCACAACAUGACGAGAGUCGUGACUAUCUGGUUGCUACGACACAGAUGAUUAAUGGUAACACAUUCCUGGAGCCUAUUGUGGAAAGUAUACAUAAAGGACCAGCACAUGGCACUGGUGCAAGCAGUGGCAAUGGUGUGGCUCAAGGCGCUGGACCCGAGAUUUGAGGGAGAAAAGCACAGCUGCUCUCUCAUGGAGUAGACAGCCAGCUCUAUGUAAAGUUACAAUGAUAAUAUAUACUUACUACCCACCCAUCCGCCUCUUCUUUUUCCAUCUACCAUUUGCCGGAGCUAUAAAACCAAAAAAUCAAGCCCAAUCGUAAUCCCAUAAUAGAGUGCAGCUGCUCAUCUGUUUCGCAUUUCUCUGUAACGGCCACUCGUGAGGGUUGCCAGCCCAUAUAAUAACAUAAGCUCCUUGUAUCGUGCGAAUUCUUAUCAAAUCAAGAAGCACAGAGAAAGAGCACGUCGUUGAGAUCGGCUAGAUCUACUUUGUGAGAAUUCGCUAUGCACGUUUGAGGCGAAUAAGCACAUGUUUUAACAACCUUUUUCA